AUGUGUGAACACCAAGAAUGCUCAAAGAAGUUUGAUUUUAACAGGGGAUUACAUGAAGAUUUAACUGGGGACCUCGAAAAGUUCCCAGCCACAAACUACUUUAAAGAUGCUAAAAUUGGAAUAAAAAGAAAGGAUGAAUGUAAUGGUAUUAAUUAUUAUCUUUAUUGUGAAGGAGAGCUUGAUGAUGAAGAAGAUCAUGAGUUUUUAAAAGACGUAGAAAAAGCUUUCGAUGAAUGUUAA